CCUAGUUGAUUGAAAAGUUGCAUACUUACAUGUACGGAACAUUUUUAUACUAACACUUUGUUUUCAUAUUAUAAAAGUACAUCCAUAUUUAGAUUUGUACAUUUUGUCAUAAAAUUAUUAUCGAUCAUAGUAUAUUUUGAGCAAAAAAUUAUAAUAGAGGCGAUGUUUUAUGAUCAAACAACUCUUAGAUUACUACAGUAUUAAAAUGAAUAUUCCUUGUUUGUGAAAUUAUACCAGUAGUAUCAACAAAUUCAACUAUCAGUAGAAUAUUUUUAGUAUGACUUAAUUGAACUAUUCAUAACUAUGUCAGGAAUGGAGUGUAAUAGUGAUAUGGAAUGCUCUGAUUCAGAUUGUGGAGACGCUAAUUAUGAAGAUUAUUACAGUAACCAGAUUUGGGAUAGUGUACCCGACAAUGAUAUUGAUUCCAACCAACAAUUAAGAGAAUUGGAGAUUACAGCUUUUGAUUGUUUGAGAGUAGAAGAUGUGGAACGAUUGUUAAAUGAAAAUGUUGAACUACUGAGUUCUAAUCUCAAGAUAACUCCUUCUCUUGCCAAGCUUUUUCUUUAUGAAAAUAAAUGGUCUUUACAAGAUAUUUUAAUGAAAUACAAAGACGAUACCCUAAAAAUUACCACUGAUGUUACUAUGAAUUCUCUAAAAUUCACAGAUAUAAGCUGCAAUGACCAUCUUACAGAAUUGAAUUGUUUAGUUUGUUUUUCAUUAUUAUCUUUAGAAAAAUUUAAUGCUCUCAACUGUGGGCAUUUUUUUUGCAAAGAUUGUUGGUGCAUUCACUUUGAGACUCAAAUCGCUCAAGGGAUUUCAACAGGAAUAAGUUGCAUGGCCAAGGAUUGUACAAAUUUAGCACCCGAAGACUUUGUGCUGUCUAACGUAACUAAGCCGGCACUACGUGAACGUUAUCAAUUGUUUGUUUUCAGAGAUUAUGUUAAGUCACAUCCUCAACUUAGAUUUUGUCCUGGACCAAACUGUCAAGUAAUUAUUAGAUCUAAAGAAUUAAAGGCUAAACGUGUAAUAUGCAGUAUUUGUAAAACAGAAUUUUGUUUUCGAUGUGGAAUGGAUUAUCAUGCGCCAACUGAUUGUAAUACCAUUAAAAAGUGGUUAACAAAAUGUGCAGAUGAUUCUGAAACGGCCAACUAUAUCAGUGCUCACACAAAAGAUUGUCCCAAAUGCCAUAUUUGCAUUGAAAAAAAUGGAGGCUGCAAUCAUAUGCAAUGCUACAAUUGUAAGCAUGAAUUUUGUUGGAUGUGUCUUGGAGACUGGAAAACCCAUGGUAGUGAAUAUUAUGAGUGCUCUCGUUACAAAGAAAAUCCAAAUAUUGCCCAUGAAAGUGUCCAUGCUCAAGCUCGAGAAGCCUUAAAAAAGUAUCUUCAUUACUAUGAACGGUGGGAAAAUCAUAGUAAAUCGUUGAAACUAGAAGAACAAACGCUAGAAGAAAUCAAGUUGAGAAUACAUAAAAAAGUAAUGGAUGCGAGUGGAACAUGGAUUGAUUGGCAACAUCUAUUUGAAGCUGCUUCACUAUUAGCUCGAUGUCGAUACACGUUGCAAUAUACGUAUCCCUAUGCUUAUUACAUGGAAUCAGGUUCAAGAAAGGAAUUGUUUGAGUAUCAACAAGCUCAGUUGGAAGCUGAAAUAGAAAACUUAUCUUGGAAAAUUGAAAGAGCCGAAACAACUGACAGAGGUGACUUGGAAAAUCAGAUGGAUAUAGCAGAAAAAAGAAGAAUUACAUUACUGAAAGAUUUUUUAAAUGUAUAAAUUUUUUAAAUGAAUAAUUAUAUUCAUAUA